UCCGCAUUUAAUAACUUCACACGUUUACCAAUUAAAUAAAUAAAAUGUCCAAUUUUACUCUAUUUUGCUCUAUUUUUUCCGUGUUCCUCAUUCUCGCCAAGUUUGAUCAGACCUUAGCCACGUCAUUGCUUCGUGGUCGCCAAGACAACCAAGAUCCGCUCCGUUAUGUAAGAACAACCUCAAACUGGGAGCAAUUAGAUCAUGAGGGAAGAGUUCUGCUGGGUUGGACCGUGAACACGGACGAGGGAACGAUUACCUUCGAAGUAGAAGCGGAAACUCAUGGUUACGUGGGAAUUGGCAUUUCGCCGACCGGAAGUAUGACCGGGGCGGAUAUUUUCAUCGCGGGGGUGCAUGAUAAUGGAAGUUCGUACUCUUCCGACAAUUAUGCCACCGGAUUUUCGAAACCAAUCCAAGACACGCACUCCGACUGGGUGCUCCAUGAGGCAAGAGAGUUCAAAGGGCUUCUCUACAAUCGUACGUACCUCAAAUUUUCUCGACUUCUGAACACCUGUGAUGAUCAAGAUUAUCCAAUCGGGAUGGACACAACCAGAUUAAUUUGGGCCCUGGGUACCUCGGAUGAGAUCGAAUAUCACACUUCUAGCAGUAGGGGAACCAAAUCCGUAAAUUUAUUGGGAGCUCCCAUGCCGGAAGUGGACUUAACAAAAACGACCGAGUGGAAGAUGACGUUGGAUAUGGAGAUGCCACAAAACGAUACCUCUUACUGGUGCAGUUUCCAUAAGGGACCCCAACUCGCGGGGAAGCAUCACAUCGUGGCGUUUGACGCCUUUGUCCCUACCCUCUCCGCACUUGCGCAUACGCAUCAUUUUGUUCUCUACAACUGCUACAAUCCCCUAAAUUCCACCCCUGUUGGCGAUUACUUGAGAAAUUACACAGUUGACACUGGCUUCAAAGGGGAUCACUGCUACGUACCGUAUGAUCAAGAUGCGCCUGCCGAUAAUCAGAUGGCGUUUUUAACCUUCUUUUGCCAGGAAUAUUUAUACGUUUGGGCUAAAGGAGGAAAGAAAAUGACCUUCCCCCCGAAUACGGGGUAUCCAAUCGGCGAAGAGGAAGAAACUGAUCGCGAAUAUUUCUACAUGUUAGAGGUUCACUACGACAAUCCCGACGAAAUUGCUGGUUUAAGAUUUGAAACUGGAGUCUCUUUCUACUAUACGAAUGAAAUACGUGAACAUGACGCCGGCCUUCUUAUGGUAGGUCAUCAGGUCAACCAAGCUCUCACCGUGCCCCCGAACACGACCAGUUUUGUCACCGUGGGCCACUGUGCGUCUUCCUGUACGCAAGAAAAACUUCCGCAAGAUGGCAUCAAAGUCUUCAACUCGCUACUGCACUCCCAUCUGUCGGGCAGGAAGUUGAAGCUUCGUCAUUUCAGGGGGACCGAGGAACUCCCCUGGCUCGACUACGAUGACCACUACGAUUUCGACUUUCAGCAAAAUAAACACUUAAACAGCGAGAUCGUCGUGUUUCCAGGGGAUCACAUGACUUAUGAAUGUACCUACGACUCCUCCUGGCGAAAGGGUCAGGUCGUCAUUGGGGAUUUGUCGACCAGGGACGAAAUGUGCGAGGCCUUCAUGUGGUACUAUCCCAAGAUUAACGUGGACAUUUGCUCGUCAAGCUAUAACGUCGAACAAAGCUUGGCGGACUUGGGAAUCACGAAUUACACGUAUGUCGAUAAGGUCGGGCAACCUGACAUUUACAUUAUCGAGCCCGCCAAUUUGCGAGGGGAUUAUGAAGACUCUCUCGCUAACAAGUUUGUCUGGACGGAAGAGUUCAAGCGGGAAAUGGAAAAUAAGCGAAGAAACAGUUUACAUGAUGGACAAUGCUUCGGAUUAAAGGAUAUGGAAGCACCAGCCGAGUUCAGGGUGGGUUACCCCGAGAUAAGCAAGAUUUACGAACCGGAAGAUAUUUGCCAAUCGUAUGUUCCACCCACCACACCAUCUGGAACAGGAAGAAAUACAAUUUUCUAUCCCACCAUUAUUCUGCUUUUAAUAUGUGGCUUAUCCUAAAAUGCGCAAGUCGUUUGUAAGCUAACUACUUAUAUAAAUGCACAAAGAAAACGUCCUCAGAAAUAUAUCGUUAAUAGAUGGAAUAAAAGCUUGAUUUUGUCACAAAAUACA